CUGUCUGUCGGCCGUCCCCUUCCUCCCGAAGCCUCCCCAAGAAGAAGAAAAAAAAUCCCUCGCCACCGCCCGUGCCGAGCUCGCCCCGCCGCCCCAGCCAUGAGGUCGCUCAUCUCCGAGCACGCGCGCCACUCCCCCGCGCGGCCUCCGCCCUUCUCCGGCGGCGAGACCCCGUCGCGGCGCCGCAUUCCCAAGGAGAACGUCUACUCGGGGACUGCGCCGCCGUCCGGGGACCCCUACCGCUCCCCUUCCUCCGCCGCCAAGCCGCUCGGGGACAUCACGCCCACACUCAACCGUGCCCUCCCGCCGCGGCCCCUCAAGCGGAAGCUCGACGUCUCCCCCGCCGUGGGCCCGCGGCCGGAAGCGGAAGCUGCCGACUCCGGGGUCCAGGUUGUGGUGAGGAUACGGCCCCCGUGCUCGGUGGAGGGGGAGGAGGCACCUGACACGUGCCUCUGCAAAACGUCGGCCAACUCUGUCGCCAUUCAAGGCCAGGGCUUCACCUUCGACGCCAUCGCCGACGCAGCCUCUACGCAGGAAGAGUUUUUCACACCUGUUGGGCCACCACUCGUCGAGAAUUGUUUGGCGGGGUUGAACAGCUCGAUUUUUACCUAUGGCCAGACUGGGAGUGGAAAGACAUACACUAUGUGGGGCCCUCUCUCUGCAACUUCAGGUGACUCAAUGGCCUGCGAGAGGGGACUGGCACCCCUUGUUUUUGAGCACUUGUUCUCCCGCAUUAAACAAGAACAGCAGAAGCACAAAGACAAGGAGCUAAUUUACAGUUGCACCUGCGCUUUUCUCGAUAUCUACAACGAACAGAUAACUGAUUUGCUAGACCCCAUGCAAAAGAAUCUUCAGAUAAGAGAGGAUGUUAAAACUGCUUGUGUUUAUGUUGAAUCGUUGACAAAGGAGUCUGUUUUCGCUAUGAAGGAUGUAGCUCAGCUGUUGGUGAAGGGGUUGGCAAACCGGAGAACAGAGUCAACAAGUGCCAAUGCAGACAGUUCACGCUCUCAUUGUGUUUUCACAUGUGUCAUCAAAUCUGAAUCAAAGAAUCUCGAAGAUGGCUCAAACAGCAUUAGAAUGAGCAGGAUGAAUUUAGUAGAUCUUGCUGGAUCUGAGCGGCAAAAGCUAACCCAUGCAGCUGGGGAUCGCCUAAAAGAAGCAGGAAAUAUAAACCGGUCACUUUCAGCACUUGGAAACUUGAUUAAUAUACUAGCAGAAAUUUCACAAUCUGGAAAACAAAGACAGCAUGUUCCGUAUCGCAAUUCAAAGUUGAAAUUUCUAUUACAAGAAUCCCUGGGUGGUAAUGCAAUGCUUGCAAUGAUUUGUACUGUUUCGCCGUCAGAAAGCUGUAAGAGUGAAACCUUGAGCACUCUAAGGUUUGCCCAACGCGCCAAGGCUGUAAAAAACAGGGCAGUUGUCAAUGAAGAAAAAGAGGACGAUGUCAAUGCACUGCAUGUUCGGAUGAAGCUUUUAAAGGAUAACAUUGUGGAUGCUGCUGAUUGGGCAGAGGCUGAGAGUAAAUGGAUGGCUCUGGCAGAUGAGCUGAGGGCCGAGCUUGAAGCAAGCAAAUCCCUUGUUGGGAGGUUGCGGUCGGAAUUGGAGUCAGAGAAGAAAUGCUCGAAGGAGGCACUGGAAGCAGCAAUGCAGGCAUAUUCCAGAAUCUUGGUACAAUAUGCUGAGCUUGAAGAAAAGUAUAUUCUUGAUGGGGUCGAGGGCCAGCUGAAGGAUACAUCUGAAGGUCCUGGCGAAUUGUUAGUCCGAUUGAAGGAGGCUGAGGAGGCGACAAGAAUUGCCGAGCACUGAGCCUUGUUGGCAGAGCAGAAGACCGACAGGCUGAUCGAGGAAAACGUUGCGCUCACUCAACGGCUGACAGAGAAGUCGGAGCACAGAACGCUGGAGGUGACGAAGAGCACAGACCUCCUCUUGCGGUUCUCCAGUUACGGCAGAGGCAACAUCUGAAGAUCGAUGCCGGCACCAUGUAGUGCACCAGCUUAAAGAGGAAGAAAUGGGUAGUGGCUACAGCUUGCAAUAAGUUGAUAAUCCCACUCUGCUCUAGCAACUGCAGCACGCAGAUAACAGGCUACAGUUUUCUUCUGCCUUGCCCUUGUCCUUGACUUAGUAGUUUACUGUUGGUUUUACUUUGGUACAGGAAUAUUAGCUAGGAGUAUAGCCUCACUUCUGCUGUAGAUAAGUGUUGAAAAUACAGGGGGCACACCUACUAGUUACUGCAAAUUUUUGUACAGAGUUUGCACUUCUGCUAUAUUGUGAUGACAAGUUAGAUAAGCUUGCUGCUGUCAAGAUGACAAGGACUUUGCGACUUGA